CCGGUACGUCAUCAGCCGAGCGGAGCGGAGAAGGCAGUCAUGUGUUGUUGGGACGAAGACGUCCGUCGGUUUGGGAGGAAAUAAAAGAAAGGAAGAGUCGCCAAUUAAUAAACAAAGCGUCGCUUUUCUUGAUAUCAUGGACAGGGCGCCGUUCUAGGGAGGAGAAAAAAGGUGUGUUUGCCCGAUUCGCCCUGGCCUCAGCGUCACGUCGAGGAAACAUGAUGAAAAAGGAUAUCAACUUAAACCUGGCGGACGACGCCGACGACCUCAAGCCGCAUCUCCGCGACGCCGAGAGCAUUCUCAGCUCCCCGGAACUGGGGCUGCUGAAGCUGGCUUCCCCGGAGCUGGAGCGGCUCAUUAUCCAGUCGAACGGGAUGGUCACGACGACGCCGACCUCGCAGUUUCUCUACCCGAAGCCGGCGAGCGACGAGCAGGAGUUCGCCGAGGGCUUCGUCAAGGCGCUGGAAGACUUACACAAGCAGAACCAGCUGAGUGGCGGAGGAGGAGGCGGCGGCACUUGCGCCCAGACGAGCGGCCUGGGCGCCAACAUUGCUCCGGUCACCGUCCACCCAGACCUGCCCGUCUACACCAAUUUAAACAGCUACGGCGGCGGUCCGUUAGGAACCACUGUCAACUACUCCACGGACACGGUCCCCUUCCCCCCGCCGCCUCCGGCUCACAGUUUAGGGAGAGCCCCGCAGUCGCAGGCGGAACUCUCCCGGCUACAGUCGCUGAAGGACGAGCCGCAGACGGUGCCGGAUGUGCAGAGUUUCGGCGACAGUCCGCCGUUGUCGCCCAUCAAUAUGGACGCGCAGGAGCGCAUCAAAGCCGAAAGGAAGAGGCUGCGGAACCGCAUCGCCGCGUCCAAGUGUCGGAAGCGGAAACUGGAGCGGAUCUCCAGGCUGGAGGACAAAGUCAAGACGCUGAAAAACCAAAACAGUGAUUUGUCGUCGACGGCCAGUCUGCUGAGGGAGCAGGUUGCCCAGCUAAAACAGAAAGUCCUCAGCCACGUUAACAGCGGAUGCCAGCUACUGCCACACCAGGUUCAAGUGCACUAAAAGGUGGAGGGCUCUGACUGUUAACCAGCAUAUAAGCUUCGCGGACUUUAUAAUUGUUGGUUUUCAGUAUAUGCAGCUCGAUUGAAAGACUGACAGAACAUAUCAGCACAUUUUAUGUGAAAAUGUUUACAAAUGGGCUGUGUCUAAAUACAGUCCCAAACCUGGACCAAACCGGUUUUCAGUGUAUCGCUAUGUACCAUAGCCUGCAUAAUAUGCGCAUUUAUGCCAUAGAUAUCCUUAAUAUGGGAGAAAGCUAUAUGCCGAUAGUCUUAGCUAUUUGGCAUAGGGACUAUCCAUACAUUUGCCAUGAGUCACAUUUCUGUAUGAAACAGAAAAUUUGCAUGUUGACACUCGAAUGUUGCCCGCAGGGAGUCAAUAGGGCGCAAGACGUCCGUGUUUUCUUAUGCUUACAAGCACUUAUAUCCAUGUAAUUCAUAUUCGGUGGUCUACAGAGUGUUGUUUUAUUGUUUUCCCACUUAAACUAUGAGGUGUCGUCAUCUUUUGUUGCACUAAUGUCUACGUUUUUACAUGCCGCUGUGUUCCAAAAUAAAUGUUCCUUGUUAAAAAAUUC